AUGUCAUCUCCUGCUCCGUCAACGCCUCUCGGCGACGAGUCGAUCUCGAUCACGCCCGGUACACCAGAGGGCUCAGUGAACGGCCAUUCUUUGCCAGGCCGUCUGAAUCCAAAGCUAUAUGCAAAUGGCGAAGGCCCAACAUCUGGCGUUGGCACACCUAUCGGAUUCCAACGAUUUCCUCACAACAAGUUGCUCGACCAUGUGAUCGGGCAGACUCAGCGGCAUCCGUCGCCGCAACCCACACAUUUGGGAAUCCCGGGAGGUGGCCAGCAUCGUAUACUGUCUGAAGAAGAUCCUGGCUAUGUUGCGGCCAAGUUCGAAGGCAAACAAAAGCAGAUGGAGCAAGUCAUGGACCAGUUAGAAGAGAAAGGUUUCUUCCCUAGCGACUUUGUUAUCUCUGAGACAACUUGGUUUUAUAAUAUGUUGGGCAUCGAUGACACAUACUUCCAGACUGAAACGGUGGAUGCCAUUGUCACCCAGAUCCUCUCCCUCUAUGCUGCCAAGGUUGCGGCAUACGCUCGAGAUGAUAAAAAGCUGGAGAUCCGGCUUGACAAGGAGGCUGAGGACCAUGCCGUCUAUAUUGAUACAAGCAAGCCCGGUGUCUCUACUAUCGAGGGCCCUCGGUACGAACAGAGAAUUGAUGAGAAGUACAUCAAUGGCUCGACGCACAACAACAGCUAUCGCGUCGAGACCUUCCGUUCUCCGACAACGCUGCCAGGGGAUAGUGAACAGCAGCUCCGCUGCUACUUUGUCUACAAGUGUCAGUUCGCCAAUCCCAAUCCUGAUCCGAACGAGACCAACAUCGACAUCAUCGGCGAGAAGCGAUUCCUACAAAAGGCCACCGCCAACACCAAGGCUAUCUACCAGGAACUCAUUACUAACGCCGUGGGCCGUUCGGGCCCGGUCAUCGAAAUGUAUGAGAUCGAGGGCAGCCGGGAGAAGCGCCUGGUCAUCGCCUACCGCCAGGGCUCCGCCAUGGGCCUGUUCAGUGCGCUCUCUGACCUGUACCAUUAUUAUCGCUUGACCAGCUCCCGCAAGUACCUGGAGAACUUUUCCAACGGUAUCAGCGUCAUCUCUCUGUACCUCCGCCCUCUGAAAACCCCCGAGAUUACGGCAAAGUAUCCUCCGAUCGAAGCCGCCAUUCACCAGAUCAUGAAGGAGGUUUCUCUUCUGUACUGCAUCCCUCAGAAUCGAUUCCAGGGACACUUCGCCAGCGGGCGUCUCAGUCUGCAAGAGACUAUCUACGCGCACUGCGCGUGGGUGUUUGUGCAGCAGUUUCUUAACCGCCUGGGCUCCGAGUAUACAUCCCUGGUGGCGCUUUUGGACUCUAACAACAGUGUCCAUGCAGAGCUCCUGUCGAAGAUCAAGAAGAGACUUCGUACUGAAACUUUCACGUCUGAUUACAUCUUCGAAAUUAUCAACAACUAUCCGGGCUUGAUCCAUAAGCUAUAUCUAGACUUUGCCAAUACUCAUUACGUGCGCUCAAGCGGACCGGCUGAGGAUGACUUCCUGCCCACGCUGAGUUAUCUGCGUCUCCAGGUGGACGAGGUCUUGGAAGGGCCCAAGCUCAAGGAAUUAAUCUCAAGCACAGCAGUAAACGAGCACGACGAGAUGGUGAUGACCGCCUUCCGCGUCUUCAAUUCAUCUAUCCUCAAGACCAACUUCUUCACCCCGACAAAGGUGGCUCUCAGCUUCAGGCUGAACCCCAGCUUCUUACCGGAACACGAGUACCCACAACAUCUGUACGGCAUGUUCCUGGUUAUCAGCUCCGAGUUCCGUGGUUUCCACUUGCGAUUCCGUGACAUCGCUCGUGGUGGCAUCCGGAUCGUCAAGAGCAGAAACAAGGAAGCGUACGGCAUCAAUGCGCGCUCGCUCUUCGACGAGAACUACAACCUGGCGAACACCCAGCAGCGUAAAAACAAAGAUAUCCCUGAAGGCGGCGCUAAGGGUGUCAUUUUGCUGGAUGUGAACCAUCAAGACAAGGCUCGCGUGGCGUUUGAGAAGUACAUUGACAGUAUCUUGGACCUUCUCCUGCCCCCGGUAAGUCCUGGAAUCAAGGAUCCCAUCGUGGAUCUACAUGGUCAUGAUGAGAUCCUAUUCAUGGGACCGGAUGAGAACACCGCCGAACUUGUGGACUGGGCCACAGAGCACGCCAGGAAGCGAGGCGCCCCCUGGUGGAAGUCGUUCUUCACCGGCAAGAGCCCGAAGCUGGGCGGCAUCCCCCAUGACACCUAUGGCAUGACCACCCUGUCAGUCCGCCAGUACGUCCUAGGUAUCUACCGCAAGCUCAAAAUUGACCCGUCGACGAUUCGCAAGCUACAAACCGGGGGCCCCGACGGCGAUCUAGGAUCGAAUGAGAUCCUACUGUCCAACGAGAAAAAUGUCGCGAUUGUCGACGGCUCUGGUGUGAUCGUUGACCCCCAGGGGCUGGACCAUGCCGAGCUCGUCCGACUGGCCAAGAAGCGCGUCACCAUCUCUGAGUUCGAUCUCUCGAAACUCUCACCCGAGGGAUACCGUGUGCUUGUGGACGAGAACAAUGUCAAGCUUCCCAGCGGCGAGGUCGUCCACAACGGGAUGAUCUUCCGCAAUACCUACCACCUGCGCAAAGACCAGACCUUCGACAUGUUCGUCCCCUGCGGCGGCCGUCCCGAGUCAAUCGACCUGUCAACAGUGAGCAAGCUCAUCGAAGGUGGCAAGUCGGUCAUUCCGUAUAUGGUCGAGGGUGCCAAUCUGUUCAUUACCCAAGACAGCAAGCUCCGCCUGGAGAAGGCUGGGACGAUCUUGUACAAGGAUGCCUCGGCGAACAAGGGCGGCGUCACGUCCUCGUCCUUGGAGGUGCUGGCCUCUCUAUCAUUUGACGACAAGGAGUUUGUCGAGCACAUGUGCGUCCGCGAGGACGGAACGGUGCCUGAAUUCUACCAGGCGUACGUGAAGGAGGUGCAGGAGACGAUCAAGUCGAACGCUACGUUGGAGUUCGAAGCCAUCUGGCGCGAACAUGAGCAGUCAGGCAUCCUGCGUAGUGUGCUUAGCGACCGGCUCAGCAACGCCAUCACCAAGCUGGACGAGGAGCUCCAGAAGGCAGAGUUGUGGGAAAAUAUGGAGCUGCGUCGCUCCGUCCUCCAGGAUGCCCUGCCAAAUCUGCUCCUCAAGCAGAUCGGCCUGGACACGAUUCUUCAACGAGUCCCCGAUAAUUAUCUCCGUGCCAUUUUUGGCAGCUACCUCGCCAGUCGCUUCGUCUACCAAUAUGGCAGUAACCCAGGCCAAUUCUCGUUUUUUGACUUGUAA